AUGCCACUUCCUCGUUCAAUUAAAGACCUUAUAGAAAACGAUAGUGAAUAUGGCAAUUUAUUUUCGAAAGAAGAUCCAGAAAAAUUAUUCAUUGAUUUACGAGAAAUAGGUCAUGGAAAUUUUGGAGCUGUUUAUUAUGCUCGAAAUUCUGAAACAAAUGAAAUUGUUGCUAUUAAAAAAAUGUCUGCUGGACGAAAACAAAAUGCUGAAACAUGGCAAGAUAUUCUAAAUGAAAUUCGUUUUUUACGUGAACUUAAUCAUCGUCAUUGUAUAGCUUAUCGUGGAUGUUAUUUAAAAGAAUAUACAACAUGGCUUGCUAUGGAAUAUUGUCUUGGUUCAGCAGCUGAUCUUAUUGAAGUUCAUAAAAAACCUUUAAAUGAAGGUGAAAUAGCUACAAUUGUAUGUGAUACUUUAUCUGCACUUGAUUAUCUUCAUUCAAUGCAUCGAAUACAUCGUGAUAUAAAAGCAGGAAAUAUUUUAUUAACGGAAGAUGCUGUCGUUAAAUUAGCUGAUUUCGGUUCUGCUUCAUUUACAAGUCCAGCAAAUAGUUUUGUCGGUACACCUUAUUGGAUAGCACCAGAAGUAAUAUUAGCUAUGGAAAAUGGUCAAUAUGAUGGAAAAGUUGAUAUAUGGUCACUUGGAAUAACUUGUAUUGAACUUGCCGAACGUAAACCACCGUUAUUUAAUAUGAAUCCAAUGUCAGCACUUUAUCAUAUAGCACAAAAUGAUCCACCAACAUUAAUGAUGAAAAAUGAUAAUCAACUAUCAUAUACAAAUGAUUUUAUUUCAUUUAUAGCAAUAUGUUUACAAAAAAAUCCAAAUAAUCGACCAACAGCUAAUGAUCUUCGUGAUACAUCAUUUAUUACAAAUAAUAGUAAUCGAGAAAUACUAAUUGAUUUAAUACGUCGUACAAAAGAAGCUGUGAAAGAAUUUGAUAAUAUACGUUAUCGUCGAAUGAAAAAAGUUUUAAUGGAUAAUGAAGAACAAACUACAUCAAAUACAAAUAUUAGUCAAUCGAAUGAUUUUAUGAAUAUUGAUAUUGAUAGUUCAAGUAAUACUCAAAAUGAUAUUUUAGAUGAUCCAACAUUAGAUGAUGAUGAUGAUACACAAAGUGUAGAUUUUCUAUCUCGAAGUAAUGGUAUACAACUAAAUGAUGAUGAUGAAAGUUUAAAUUCAAGUCGUUCAAGUCUUCAACAACCACCAUCAGCUAUAUUUAAAGGUGUCGUUAUAACAAAACCCUUAUCAACAACAUCUCAACCAAUAAAUAAUCCGAUUUAUACAGGCAUGCCAGCUAAUAUUAGUCGACGUUUUUCCGGUGCUGAUACAACUUUAGCAUCAAAUAUUAAUCAAUCAUCACCAUUACAAAAUAAUAUAAAUGAAUCAAAUGUACAAAUAAGAACUAAUUCAAAAAUUUCUGAUCCUUCAUCAUCACGUCAUAAUCAUCAAUCUGUUAAUGAAUUUUCAACAAUAAAAACUUCACGUAUUGUUAUACGUGAACAACGUGAACAUGAUCAAGAUGAUCAACAACUUGAACAAUUUCGUGGUUAUAAACAAAUGAGACAUCAACAUCAAAAACAACUUAAACAGUUUGAAGAACGAUGUCGUAAUGAAAAAACUGAAUUACGUUCAAAACUUGAACGUGAAUAUAAUAUAUUUCAAGAACAAGUUAAUAUUGAUAAUAAUCGUUUAUUAGAAAAACAUCGUAAAGAAUUAGCUGAUCGAGUUAAAUAUAAUCAAAAUCAUAUGAAAAACUUAGAACGUCAACUAGAUGAUGAUUUAGAAAAUGAAAUUAAACGUUUUCAUCAAGAACAAACAAAACAAUAUAAAAUAAAAAAAGAUGAAUUUAAAAAACAAAUAUUAAGUUCAACAAUGUUAACAAAAAGUGAAAAAGAAGAGGAAAUUCGUCGAUUAAAAGAUGAUUUACAAUUAAAAUUUCGUAAUGAUGAACAAAAAUUACGAACACAAUUAACACAUAAUUAUACAAUUAGACAAUUACAAACAAAACGACAAAAAUUUUUAUUAUUACAUACUCUUGAAAGAAAUUUAUUUGAAGAAAAAUGUACAAAAAGUAUGGAUAUAAUUGUGCAACGACAUGGGUUACUUAAAAAACAUCAUGAACAAACAAAAGAAGUUGAACUUAGACAAUUAACUAAUUUACAUAAAAUGCGAAAUGAUUUUACUCAUAAACAACAUCAAACAGAAAUAAUUAAUUUUAAUGAAUAUAGUAAUCGUCGUCAAAAAGAAUUAAUUAAACGACAUGCAUUAAAUCAAAAACAAUUUCCGAAAAAUAUUAAAAUCAAACAAGCUGAAAUAAAACGUCAAUAUAAAGAAGCAUAUAAUAUUCAAUCUCAACAAUAUAAAGCAUUAAAAGAAAAAAUACGUCAAGAUUAUAUACAUACAACAACAAAUCAAUCACGUGAAGAACUUGAUUCAAAAUUAAAAGCUAUUAAAGAUGAACAACGAAGAAAAUUUGAUACACUUUAUUUACGUUUUGAAGAAGCCGUACAAAAAAUGCUUGAUCAACAAAAUAUAAAACUUAAUUCUGAUCAAGAACGUGAACGCAAUUCAUUAAAAACAACACUUGAUGAAGAUCAACGUAAUUUACUUCAUUUACAAGAAGAAAGUUAUCAUCGUAUGGAACAACAACAUGCUGAUGAAAGACGACAAUUAGAACGAAAUAUUGAAGAUCGUUUAAGAAAACUUAAUGAACAGAUGCAACAUGAAUUAGCUGAAUAUAAUGAAGAUCGUAUUCAACAACUUUCAAUACUUCUAGAAAAACAACGAUGUGAAUUAUUACAAUUAGAUAAUGAAAUAACAAAAUUAGGUAUUAAUAUUACUGAUUUAACUGAUACAAUGCAAGAUAUACAUUUUUUUACUGCUAAUACAGCUGUUCAAUUAUUUCCACAUGAUAAACAAAUGUUAACAAGAAAUUCUCAACAUAAUAAUCGUGCUUCAGUGAUCAGUUUACAACAUUCAAAUAGUUCAAAUACAACGAAUGGUAAUGGAACAACUACACAUAAACAUAUUAUGAAUAAUAACAGUGCGAAUCAUGGAGCAGUUGUAGUCGAGCAAUCGACAACGCCUACUGCACCAAUUCAUGAAGUAACAGAAGUACCUGCAACAACACAAGUCACUCCGUUGGAUGGACCACCACCAGCAUACGAAGUGACUCCGACAUCAAACAAUAAUCAAAAUGAUACUGAACAAGAUAAUAGUGGUGCAGCAGCAGCAGCAGCAGCAGCAGCAGCAGGAAUUAUUGAACCGCCACCACCAUAUUGUCUUGUUGAUCCAAGUAAAAUUCGUAAUAUGGAUCAUUUACCACAUUAUCCACAUCCAUCACCUGUAGAAAUCAUUGAGCUUAAUGCGAACAGUAAUAAUAGCACUGAACAAUCAUCUCGUCAACAUAAUCAAGCAGCUAUAGCUGCUUGGCUCUCAUCUGGUUCAAAUAUGGAUAUUGGUACUGAUUGUACGUUUUUAAUGGCUUUUGUUAUUGCCUUCUUUUUCAAUUGGCUUGGUUUUCUUGCUGUGGUUUGUCUUAUACCAACAAUAGCCGCACGUUUUGGUGCCAUGUCUGGUUUUGGUUUAAGUGUGGCUAAAUGGAUAACCGUUAUGCGUUAUCAUGAAUUUAAUAAUUCAUCAUAUAUUGGAUCUGGUAAUAUGUCAACAACAUUUCAUCGAACAACAGUUCAUGAUCCAGCACAAAAUUUUGUUUUUGCUAUUGUUUUAUUUGCCGGAUUUUUUCUUUUUGUUCGUGGUUUAAUAUCAUAUAUAGCAGUUAAAAAUCGUGCGAAUCAACAUGGACAAACUGCAGAUGUUUUUACUUGGUACUAA